AUGGACCCUUCAGUGCCAAGCGUAACCCCCUUUUUGAAUUCCGUGUGUCCUGGAUACACUGGCUUAGAUGAUAAUGUUCAUUAUCCUUUGGAAGACAUGCCCAAUGAAUGUCGUGAACAUAUUUGGCCCACCGCCACCACCAAUGCAACCAUCAAGUUGGAUUAUACUUAUUUGAAUGUCGCCAGACCUGCGCUUAAUAAAAGCGAGUCCACUACCUAUGUGUCAUUGCCACUCCAUAUCACCAACAUGUUUGACAAUUUGGUAAGCAAAAGUGAAAAGGCCCUGGAAGGGUAUAUGCAUAUCGGAGCAAACGUAAAUGCAUUAACCCACGAUCCUUUCAAAGUCAUUAACUUGAAUCCUGGGUGCAUAACUAGAAUUCUUGAUUGGGAUCGCUCAAAUAACCCUUUUGCUGAUAACAAAACACUAACAUUUAAUAAACUUGCCAACAAUUUCAAUAAACUAUUUGUGAAAAACGACUUGUUUGAUGAUUUAGCGACGAACCGUGAUGUGAAGAUCUUGAAUUCGAAACCAAUCACUACUGCCAAGCUUCUUGUAUCAUCACAUGUAAAUAUAUUAAACGUGUUUGCAUUGAACGAAAAAUCCGAGUUUAUGAAUACCACCAAAAACGAGGGUACUUCUCCCCCAGACGACAAAUACAUUGAAGAGCCUGUUCUUCGUCUUGAAUUCAAAGACUCGGUGAUUACUGCACUAUCCACGUUUGUGCUUAACGAAGAUCCAUUAGUGGUUCUAGGAUUCCAUUCAGGAGUGCUUAUGAUUUUGAAAAUAAACCAAUUAAAGUAUCAGUUAUUUGAUGCAUUGAAAGUUCAUAAAGUCUUGGAAGUCGAUGCAGUGACUUGCAUUGAGGCCAUUCGUCAUCCCAACUACGACUAUCUAGUUGUUGCUGGGUACUCAAACGGUGAGGUGGUAAUACUAAACCCAUACGGCGUUAAACAAAGUUAUUCGAAAUCAGUUGUUGACAAGGAUGUAUCUACAACGUUUUUCAAAAAGUUUGAUUUGAGUCCAUUGGGUAAGGUUGAUAAUUCGUUUGUUCUAGGCCAUUUUAAAGUGAGCCACAAACCCAUUACUUCGUUAACUUCAACGUUGCCAAUAAACAAGCCAUUACAGCCAUCCGAGGCCCAGCCAUUAAUCGUAGCAAUUGCGGCCGACGACGGGUAUGUCAGGUUUGUUGAUUUUGUUUUCACAUACAACCGCAACUACGGUGAGAAGCGACAGGUUAUAACCACUGAUAUAAUUUCCAACUACUUUAACACCAGCAUAACCGACAUUGAGUUUUCACCCGACUUUAAAUUCUUUAGUGUUGUUGGCAAGGGAGAUUUGAUCGAGGUUUUCAAAAUGAGCUAUUACAAUGUCAAUGGGUUGUUGCAUAAAAGCUCAGGACGUCGAUCGAGGAGCGGCACUGUCAAUAGUGCCCAUUCAGGGUCAGAAACACGACUCAAAGAACCAAAAGAAAUGUACCCUCCUAUUAUUAAGGAUAUCCAAAUUGCUGGACGAUUCAAAGGACACACAAAUAUUGUCAAAUCUACCAAGUUUGUCAAAGACGACUUUAGUACGCUGGUGUACAAGUUGGUGAGCUGUGGAUAUGACGGUAAAUUAAUUGUAUGGGAGUUUGACUACAAGGCAUUGCCAAAAAUCAAGAAAUCGCAUCUGAAACCAUCACCAACGAGUCCAAGAGAAAGUCGAUCGAAAACGUCACACGAAAGAAAGCAGAUAUUGUUGAGUCCAAGUCCCUUGGCAAGACGUAAGCAUACAAGGAAUAGAUCAAUUGAAGAAAAUCAUACUACCAGCAUGAAUAUGCUUUUGCAAGAUACAAACACUCCCAAACCACCAUUAUCGAGCGAUCAAAUUGAGGUGGUUGCCACGCUUUACAAGUCACUUUAUGAAAUCAGGUUGAAGAGACACUACAAGAAAAAGUCAACGAACCAGAUAAUAAUAUGUCCUAUUGAGAAUGACAAGUUGGUUCCUUCUAUUGAGGUCCCACUACUAAUUAUCGACCUAUCAAAAUUGGUAAAGGACGGAAAAAUCGAUUCUUUUUACCUAGACAGGUCUACACUUUGGUGCUUUGCCAAAAGUGGUGAUCUAUUUAGAUACACUAUAUCUACUUAG